AUGUCGUCUUCAGACAUCGCGGUAAAGCGGAUCCGUCGCCAAUGGGAACCUGAAGAUAAGGCAUGGCGCGAUGAGGCGCUGCAGCUGCCAUGGGAGGAGGUCUCACCGCCGCUGCACAGCACCACCUUAUUUGCCUUACGUAACGUCUUUUUCUUUUCUCACGCUACAGCAGUCCAGGCGCGCACAAUUAGUGUCUUUUGUUCUUCGGGAAACAGUACCAUAGUUGAAGCACCAACUGGUAGCGGGAAGACACUUGCCGUGCUCAUUCCACUGAUGGAACGUACAGUACGGGCGUGUGAUGCUUUUGUUGCAGCGCACAACUUUCCGUUGCUACGGCGCGAUAUUAUCGGCAUCGUUCUGGCCCCGUCGCGCGUCCUUGCGGAACAAACGUUUGUGGUCGGUCGCAACCUUGCCGCACGCCUGCCGCAUACAAUACGGUUCGCCCUGUGCGACGGGGCGGUACAGUCAGCGGAUGUAGUUCUAAAGAGUUUAAAGGCUGCGGCGCGUGGUGCGGGAACUUUUCUGGUGACAACGCCACGUGACUUAGUUGACUUUAUUGCUGCUUUAAAUACAAAGCGUCCUACAGAACACCCACCUGUAGCGAGAAGUGACGCCGAAACUAGCGAGGGCGGCCGGUCAGUGCACAACGAACCGGAUGAACGGGAGGAGCUUCUGGCCGCACAAGACGAGGAAACACUGCGACGCUACUAUGAGAAGCGCGGUAGGCGUAAGGACACGAGCGAGAAAGACACUGGACACAACGUACAGCUGCGUGGCUGUCACAAUGAGCGGUUUGUACUUGUAGUGGAUGAAGCGGAUCUUGUCUUUCAUUCAGUUGAGAUGCGUGGAAUCGUGACUGAGUUUGUGGCGACGCACGCUUAUUUGCAGCAACCACUGGACAAGCGCCUGAAGGAAGAGCGUGGUGAAUCCACGUCAACAUCGACAAAUUCCUCGGAGAAAACCUUAUCGAUGGAUUUGUCAUUUGUCGGCGCAACUGUGUCAACUUCGACGGAGGUACAGACUUAUGCUGAGAGGGCGUGUGCUGCUCUCCAGUCCAAGUUACACAAAGUGGUGCUUAAUAGCAAUGAAGACUUUGUAACCCAACUGCAGAACCGCUAUCUGCUUUGUGAGGCACAUGACUUUUUACCGAUAUUGAUUCAGCUAAUGAACUUACACUCAUCCAAGAAGCAUUUUAUCUUCUUUAACAGUCCCAAAACGCUCCGUUUUGUUGAAAAGUUGUUUUCCCGUUUGGUGGAGAGCCAUCAAAUGUUGUUGUGCAUCAACCAUGUGUUUGUUAUGUACGAGGGAAUGAACGAGCGCACCCGACUGGACCAGUACAAUGCUUUCCUCAAUCACAAAGCGGAGGUGAAGGCGGGCGCUACAGAUGGGAAGAAGGCUGCACUGCUCUCCGCAACUGAAAAAAAAAACCAGUUUUACACCAGCGGUUGGAAACGGGAAGGUCGACAACCCGGUGGCAGGGGUGCGAUUCUUCUUUGCACGGAUGUGGCUGCGUUUGGCUUGGAUGUACGUGAUGUAGAUUAUGUCUAUCACUUUGAACCUCCAACAACUGUGCAAUCGUACGUGCACCGCAUUGGACGUGUUGGGCGGAUGGGUAUGAGAGGAAGCAGUAUACUGAUUCUUCCUUGCUUCAGUACAGAUUCCUCACUGACAGAAGCUCCCGAACGAAAGUCAACGAGCACGAGGUUUAACACAUUAAUCAACACGAAGAGCGCAACGUCCAGCAUUCAGACACAGCAGGUAUCAGAGGCUGACCUUAGCGAAGAGCGACGCCAGUAUCUGAAAGAGUUGGGCGAGCGAAGUGAGUUGCAGCCGUGUUCCAUUCCCCCUUUCGCCCCCAUCGCGGCAACUGUACGAAACGUGAUUUCCCAGCACAAUAAAAUUAAGACAUUGGCUCAGCAGGCGGCCAUGUCCAUGUGCACCGCUCCAUCUUCUGUGGAAGGGGUGAAAUCAUGGUUUGACCCUAAACUCGCUCUCCACGCCCUCCUGCUUAACUGA